AACAUUGAACGUUUAUUUAUUAACCAUUUCAUUUGAUUUUCGAGUGAACAUUUCAAGGAGUUACGGAUAAUUUUAAGUUGAAAACAAAGGUAUAAAAUUUUUGCAUCCAUGACCGUAAUUGCUUUAAAAGGUAACGAAAACCCCUUGAAUGUUUAUCCGCUACUAUUCGUACGAUUCUCACCUUGGUUGUUAUCAUCUCAUUAUCUAGACGCGUAAAAAGAAGCUCACGAAAGGCAGUUUACACCCUUGUAAAACUGUUUCGUCCAAUCAAUCCGACCAUUAAGAUUAAAGGAAUACAUUGGUUGUUUUCAGAUUCGAUAAAUUGCUGUGUCGCUACAAUAGACACAUUAAUCACACUCGAAUGCAAUUAUCCAGUAAUUACAAAUGGAAUUGUCAUCUAAUUGGAACAAAAACCUUACGACGAUCUUAUCUCCUGAAAAAUAGGAACGUGUCCUUCGUUAAACACGUCCAUACUUUCCAUACUGAACGAUUAUUUAUACGUUACACUUCAAUGUUGCAAAACGUGCUAAACCUAACGGAAUAAGGAUAAUUCAGGAAUAAUAGAAAAGUAUGGGCAACCCGCAUAUACACGAGUAUCAUCCAUAGUAUCCUUAUAUAGCAUGAUGUCAUAACACGGUUAACAAAAUGGAUAGUCUGCUAUUAUUUCUAAUUACGGCAAUUAUAAGAUGCAGAAAUCGUUUGGAACAAGGUUACAUUGAUCGUCCAAUCUUUCAGGAUGAAUUACAGAAGUUUCAUUCAAAACACCGACAGAUGGUUCAUUGAACAGCUCCUGGAAGAAACGUCGGAUAGUAGCUAUACCCUCGACGAUACUCUACCACCACAGUCUUCAGCUUAGGACGAUCCUUGACCAGAGGUGAUCUAUCGAUUUCUCGUUAUACAUACAUCCUGCAUCGUCAGGGAUUAAUUCGAUGCCAUCUUAGUAUCGAGACCGAUCUAAUCAGCGCGUCGUACCCUUUUUAAACAAGGAAGAAAAAAGCAAAGGGAAAAACGGAAACGAGAAAUCACCGAACAAUACCCGGAGUCAGAUAACAACACGGAGAGGCGACGAUGUACGUAGGUGGGGAAGAAGAGACACACGAUGUGGAAUAAAUAGUGGCCUGAAAUCGAGCGGAAUUCAGUCGCACCGCUGUUCUACCAUCGUCGUUCGUGUUUUCUAUUCACGAGGAACUGAUCAUAGGUCAUCGCGAAGUGAUCUAGUCCUACGGACAGCAGUAAGGAUAGGUACUGAUCGAUAAGCGUACCGGCAAGGUGAUACUCCCUGCUCGACUUGCCGUUCGAUCGUCAGACUUGCCGGAUAGUCGUUCCGCUUCGAACGCUGCGUUCGAAUUCAUGUUCCUGUCGUCGUAGUCGAAGGAUGAUGCUGCAAGUGUUGCUCCUGCUGGCUCGGACGCUGCUCGUCGACGCGUUUUUUUUCGGCUUCCUACCGAGCGUCCCGAAAGACGAAGGCAGACAGGAGUUCAACGUUUACUGGAACGUGCCUACCUUUAUGUGCCAUAAGUACGGGCUGCAUUUCGAGGAGGUGUCGGAGAAAUAUGGGAUACGACAGAACACGAUGGAUCAGUUCCGCGGCGAUCAGAUCGCGAUCCUUUACGAUCCUGGAAUGUUCCCGGCGUUGAUGAAGGAUUCGAUGGGAAACCUAGUGGAGAGAAACGGCGGUGUCCCUCAGGAAGGCAACCUUACCAAGCAUCUCGAAGUGUUUCGAGAACAUCUGAUCAAUCAGAUCCCCGACGAGUCGUUCAACGGUGUUGGAGUAAUCGAUUUCGAGAGUUGGAGACCGAUCUUCCGGCAGAAUUGGGCCUCCCUUCAGCCGUACAAGAAACUCUCCAUAGACAUCGUACGCCGGGAGCAUCCGUUCUGGGACAGUGGUAGCGUGGAGCAGGAAGCGAAACGCAAAUUUGAAAAGUACGGGAAACUCUUUAUGGAGGAGACUUUGAAAGCUGCAAAGGAAAACCGACCGUCCGCCAGUUGGGGCUACUAUGCUUACCCUUAUUGCUACAAUCUGACACCGAAUCAACCUAGUUCGCAGUGCGAUAGCACCACGGUGCAGGAGAACGAUAAGCUGACAUGGCUGUUCGAGCUGGAGGAUAUUCUUCUACCCUCGGUCUACUUGAGACUGAGCCUGACUAACAGUCAAAGAGUUGGACUAGUCGCGGGCAGAGUGAAGGAAGCCAUGAGAAUAGCGAAGCAAACGACGAUCAGGAAAAAGGUUCUUCCCUAUUACUGGUACAAGUACCAGGAUCAAAGGGAUACCUAUUUGAAUAAGGCUGAUCUCGAGGCCACUUUACGAAAGAUCUGGGAUCUCGGCGCGGACGGUCUGGUGAUUUGGGGAAGCUCUAACGACAUCAACAGCAAGCAAAAGUGUCUGCAGUUCAGGGAAUACGUGAACAACGAUCUGGGACCAGCGGUCGAUCGCGUUAGACAAACCGUCACGAACCCAAGCCAGUAUAGUAACAAUUUUACAGACAAUCAAGUGGACGUGAGCGUCGAUCAGGUUUCUCGGAACUGGCGAGACCAACAGGAGAGGAUCCAGCCGAGUGAGAAAAGCGGUAGGAACGCCGCGUAUAUCCGUACGUUCUCACUGUUUACUCAUCUUUCCACGGCGAUUCUAGAGUGGUGCGUAGUUUGCAACGUCGCUGACGUACACGGAGGGAUCAUGGGAUCAAGAUGUCAGCUGACUUUGGCGAUCGUUCUGUUUCUUCAGUCGACUCUGCUGCAUGCCCAUCGUGAACACAAGGUGCACAACAUCGUGCUGUAUCCGGAUAAGCACAGCUGGUGCAAGACGACCCCCAUCAAACAGGUGGUUACCUGGCCGCAAUGUUCUUCGCAGGAAUUGGACAACAACGUGUGCGUCGGUGCUUGCUUCUCGUACAUGGUCCCCCAUAGCGAACCCUCCGCUCCUGGCGACCUGAUAAGACCCUAUUGCGACUCUUGCCAACCUUUAGACAGCGUCUGGCACACGGUUAUCCUGAAUUGCAAGGACGAGGAGAAUAAUCCUAUAACGAUGCAGAAGAAGGUUCAGAUCAUCACCAAUUGUUCCUGUAGCUCCUGCAUGGAAACCUCCAAGAUCAAACCGGAUUACAAUACCUUGCUUCAAUCGUUAACCGAGGAAAAUCUAGAUAAAAACGUGAAUAUCGUUCACGAAACACCAGAUUUGUUAUUAAACCCGAAUUUGAACGCUUCGAAGAACUCGACCGGGGACGGUGUCCAAGCCAACGAGAGAUUCUUGCAGUUGUUCAAACAGCUGAAGGAUUCGGAAAAGUUGGACGAGUCUGGCGCCAAGGAGCUAUUCUCAAAGUUCGAGGAAGACGUGGAUCUGACCAAGUUGAGGGAGCUACUGAAGAAGUACAGUCAGGAGGAGGAGAAAGAACACUCGCACCAACACCAGCAUCAACAUCAGCAUCAGUCAUCGGGAAAACAACAGCAACAACCGCCGCAAUUGCAGCAGCAGCAGCAACAACAGCAUCAUUCGACGACGACGAUGCUUCAUCGAGGACCCCAUCACUCGAUGGUCUUAGACUCGGACGUUAAGGAGAAGAUCGAUGUGGAGCCCCAUUAUCUGCAUCCGGCUGUCGCUGGCCAGGAAAUCAGCUACCACGACAAUGUGCUCGUGGACAAGGAUAAGAAGAAGGAUUUCUGAAGCAAAGAAAUCGCAUGAUUAGUUGACUUUUUAAUCGUCAGACAGAUCAAAAAGUUCGGGAUCGUUUCUUUUUUUCUGUUUCGUUGAGAAUCAUUCACAUCUGCCUAGUCCAAUCAGCAAUAAAUUACUUGAUUCGUUGUAAAUAGACCAGAAUCUUCGUUUUUUCUUUUUAUUUUAUUUUAUUUUAUUUUUUUUUUAUAGAAUAAAUAACGUCAUACAUAAUUAUCGCGGAGAUAUCACGUUCGAAAAUGCCUUAAAACAAAAGGAUUGCCUUCCAAGGCUGAUUUCCUGAUCGUCGUUGAAAAUGAGAUGCGGAGUGGAUGAAAGAAAGAAGAAGAGAGAGAGAGAGAGAACGCGAGAGAAAGAGAAAUUCUAAUAUAUAUUUAAUUAUUAUUAUUAUUAUUAUAUUAACUAUUUAACACGCUCGAGCGCUUAAUAAAGAAAUCUACGUCUGUUUAAAAUUACUUCUUAACUAGCACAACUGACAAAUCAUUGUAAACGUCUAAAGACGUUUUAUUUUGUUGACUGCUUUUUAAAGUUAUACAUUGUAUCCAGUGUCUCACAGAGAAUAAACAAAGAGUCAGCGAA